UUUAUUGUUCAGAGUGAAUGAAGCUUCAUGUCGAUGUUUCACCUCUGAUUUAUCUCCCGCUGCAAGGAGACUGAAGUUAGCUUCGUGUUAAAAAUGUCUAAAGUCCAAAUGCUGAGAGCGUCGGUGAAUCAGAGACUAACUGCGGCUGCUGAAGAGAUAUUUGUGCUGUUUGAAAGAACGAUAGCAGAGUACGAGGAGGAACUUUCUCGAUCUAAAGAGGAGAACGAGCGACAACGCAAACUACUGGACGCUGUUUUCAAGCCUCAACUUCAUCUACACAGAGCAGGUGUGCAAGAAGUGAUCAUUGGUGAAGAAGAGAAGCAGGAGACCAUCUUCAAUGUGAACCAAGACCCGGGUCCUCCACACAUUAAAGAGGAACAGGAGGAACUCUGGACCAGUCAGGAGGGAGAUCAGCUUCAAGAACUGGAAGAGGCUGAUAUCAUCAAGUUCACAUUCACUCCUGUUCCUGUGAAGAGUGAAGAUGAUGAAGAGAAACCUCAGUCCUCACAGCUUCAUCAAACACUCACUGAACAGAUGAAAACCGAAGCUGAUGGAGAGGACUGUGGAGGAUCAGAACCAGACAGGAACUCACAUCCAGAUACACAUUUACAACCUGAUACUGAUGACAAGACUUCAGACCAUGAUGAAUGGAAGGAGACUGGUGUACCUGUUGUAGUGAACUGUGAGCAGAGUUGUAAUGAGUUGGAAUCAUUAAGCUGCUGUGAGUGUGGUAAGAUAUUUAGCCAAAAGGGACACCUGCUCAUCCACCAGAGAAUUCACACAGAGGAGAAACCUUUCAGCUGCUCAAUUUGUGGUAAAAGACUAGUAAGCAAGGGGUCUCUUAAGAGACAUGUGCGAAUUCACACAGGAGAAAAACCCUUUAGUUGCUUGAUUUGUGGUAAAAGAUUUGUAUUCAAAGAGUCUCUUAGGAAACAUAUGAGAAUGCACACAGGAGAGAAACCCUUUACCUGCACAGUUUGUGGUAAAUCUUUUACUCAGUCAGGUCUGCGCUACCACCUGAAAACUCACACAAGAGAAAAACAAUUUAGUUGCUCAGUUUGUGGUAAAAGAUUCAACCAGGAGAUGACUUUACAGCUUCACAUGAGAACCCACACAGGAGAGGAGACCUUUAGCUGCUCUGAAUGUGGUAAACUAUUUGCUUUGAAAAUAUAUCUCAAUAAACACAUGAAAAUCCACACAGGAGAGAAACCAUUUAGCUGCUCUGACUGUUUUAAAAGAUUUAAUAAAAAGGGAAAUCUGCAGAGACACAUGAGAAUCCAUUCAAAAGAAACCACGUAGCUGUUCAUCUGUCCAGCUGACUGUUCACAAAGAGAAGAAACUGUUUUAUUUCAUUGUUUGUUACAAAAGAUUCAGUUGGUCUACAAAGUUCAAAAGACCCAAGUGUGUUGACGAGACCACAGCAGCAACUUUUCAUUUGCUCAUGUUCAUUGUACUUUAUGGUGGAGUUGCCUUA